AUGGAUGUAUCAGAAUCUAAUAAAAAUUUCUUGUUGAAUAUUUUUCAAUAUGUUGCACCAUCACAUGUAGCUUUAUUUUUACGUCUUAUUAGACUUUAUCCAAUGAAUAUUGUCAGUGAUUUUAGGAAGAGAGAACAAACUAUUUUGGCUAUCGUUAAUGAAGUUACUGGUAAUGAUUAUCAAGCUAAUAUUUGGCCAAGCAUUAUGUCAAUUAAUCGUAUACCAGAAUUAGUCGAACAGGUAUUACUCAGCAAUGAACAUGAACGAUUAUUAUUAGCGAUCGAACAGUUACAAGCCAGAUUUGAGUUACAACCUCAUCGUUUUCAAAUUUAUCAACUAGUUCCAAAAAAUAAAACAUGUAUCAUGUGUCAAAUUAAAUUAAAAGAACCAGAGUUUGAUGAAACAUGUAUUAUUAUUGGUCGUAACAAUGUAUAUAAUGGUAUACUUUAUAAGAAUGAAUGCUGUGAUAUUAUUUAUAAAUAUGGUCAUAUGCGAAAUCGUCGAACACGGGAAAGAUUUGUUGUAUCAGAUGCAAUUUUUAAACAAGAAUAUAUCCAUUUAUUUGAUCAUUUAAUUUAUGAACGUAUAUUGAUAAUUGGAUUUACCAACCUUAUCCAACAAGCAGCAUCGAAUUUCCAAUCAUAUACAAACGCGACUAAUACUGAUAUCGAUCAAAAUCGAAGUUUUCGUAAACAAGAUCCUGUUCAAGAGAAACUGCAACCAAAAUCUUUUGCAGCGACUUGGACAUGGUUUGAAAUAUGUCGAUACCUUUUCUUCAUGACAAAUUCACAAACCAUUGAAAUUCCAGAUAUUAUCCAACGUUUUUCACAUGAUUUAUAUUUCGAAGCAAAUAGUCUUUUUUUUUAUGAACUCUUCGUUAAAUUUUGGUCUCGUCAUGGACAAGUCAAAGGAUGCGAAUGUCAAGCCAAAGAUACAUGUAUGCUCAAUUUUGUAUUUGAUACGCAUAUGAAGGCACAUCGAUUGGUAUGUGCCCAUACCGGAUCAUGUGAUGAAUCAAUACCAGAAUUAGGGCCUGUGGCUAUUGGCUGUCCUCGUCCACCACUUCGUUCAUCAUCAAGUAUAUUAAAAAAUGAAUUAGCUAAUGAUAAGAGGAAAUGUAAAUACUAUUGUAUAAAUCAUUACGAUCAUUCUUUAAUUAAAAACGAUUCACCAGAUCCUUUAGUUGCUCAAGCACUUGAACAAGAACGUAUGGCAGAUAUAUUCGAAGCAAAUGAUGAAUGUACUGUUCAUCGUGACGAAGAUGAUCGAGAACACAAACGACGUACUGCUGGUUUUAUGGCUAUUGUUUCAAAUUGCAAUGUAAUUAUAGGAUGGAAUGAAAGUGUUCGUUCUGAAGGAAUGCGUCGUAAUACUUAUCAUCUAUUAAAAUACCUUCAUUUAGGAGGAAUAUUACCACCUGCUGCUGCUUAUGAUUCGGCUUGUACAUUUGUUGCAUAUUUAAAAAACCAAUAUUGUAUAUCAAUUCAACAAUUACCUUAUGUUGAUGAAUUAUUACAGAAAAAAUACUGUAUUGACAGAUUCCAUAGACGUAAUCACACACGACCUGAAUGUAAAACCACUUUAUCAUGUUCUCAUCCUGAUAAUCGCCCGUUUUUUGAUAAUCAAAAUACACAAGUUUGCGAACAAUUAUUUUCACAUUUUACAAAACUUAAAGCUACAUUACGAUCAAUUGCAUGGCCAUAUUCAAACAUAUUUUAUUGCAUUAUUUUCCAUUUACGAAAUUGUUUUCAUACAAACAUCUUUCCAGAUAAUCUAUAUUUAGCUGCUAAAUCAAAUAUUCCACCACCUACCAAAAAAUUAAUUUCGUGGGUACAAGUAAUGGCUUCUCAUAUCGAUGAAAUAAGUGAACAAAAACGAUCUGAAAGUGAUGAAGAAGAUAAUGAUAUUCAAGAUUAUAUCUACGAUUGA